AUGGGGAUCGUCUUGGGUCGGGUGAACGUGGAGACGCCGCGAUUCACGGUGGAGGCGAAGACGGACGCGUUUGAGAUUCGCCGAUACCCCCCGCAGAUGGUGGCGGAAGUGACGUUCGACGGCGACCACCAGAACGGCAUCAACACAGCCUUUUCCGCCCUAGCAGGGUACAUAGGCGCGCUCUCUGCUCCUCAGAACCGACCUGCACCUGCCCAUUCGGACAGCCCAGGCGAGGGGGGUGAAAAGCUUGCCAUGACUGCUCCCGUGCUGACACACGCUGGAGGAGGGAAAGGAGGAGGAGAGGGAGGAGGAGGAGGGGAUGGGGGAGAGAAGAGCACUACUGGUGGUGAGAAGAUUGCCAUGACUGCUCCGGUGCUCACACAUAUUGCAGAAGAAGGCGGAGAUGUGGGAAGAGGAGGGGAAGGAGGAGGGGAAGGCGGAGGGGAUGAGGCAGGGAAGAACAUUGCUGGGGGUGAGAAGAUCGCCAUGACUGCUCCUGUGGUGACAGCCCCCACUUCCUCUCCAGGCAAGACCACGAUGCAGUUCCUCCUGCCAGCAUCCCUCACACCAGCCACCACACCGAUUCCUACCAACCCGGCAGUCACCAUUCAUCAGCUGCCGCCCCGUCUUCUGGGAGCCGUCACUUUCUCGGGCCUCACAACGCAAUCCGUGCUUCAGCACAAGUCGCAGGAGCUGCAGGCGGCAUUAGAAGCAGCUGGGUAUAAAGUAUGUGGGGAUUAUGUGGUUGGGCGAUACAAUCCGCCGUUCACUCUGCCGUUUAUGAGGACUAACGAGAUCUUGUACCCUGUGGAAGGAUAA